AUGUCUCGUGCCAAGGAGCGGCUGAAAGGCGGGAAGGAGACUAAGGACAGCGUUACUCUGCUGCCUUGCUUUUACUUUGUAGAGUUGCCUAUCUUGGCCUCCUCGGUGGUCAGUCUUUACUUCCUGGAGCUGACGGAUGUUUUCCAGCCAGUGCAUUCUGGGUACAGCUGUAACGACCGCAGUCUGUCUCUGCCCUACAUCCUGCCCAGACAAGAAGUCUGUCCUCUGCUUCUGCUCUUCAGCCUGGCCUUUGCCGCUCCCACCGUCACUAUCCUAAUAGGAGAGGCCAUUCUGUAUUGCUAUCUGUCCAGGAGGUCAUCUGCCACCCAGACUGAGGCCAACAUUAAUGCUGCCGGCUGUAACUUCAACUCUUACAUCCGCAGGGCUGUGCGCUUCAUAGGCGUUCAUAUCUUUGGUCUGUGCGUGACAGCUUUGAUAACGGAUAUUCUCCAGCUAUCGACAGGACAGCACGCCCCCUACUGGUUGGAUGUGUGCAAACCAAACCUGACCCACAUUAACAUGUCCAGCUGUGACGAAGCUUUUAUACUGGAGGAUAUCUGCUCUGGAGCAGAUAUAGGACUCAUCAACGCUGGGAGGAAGUCUUUUCCCUCCCAGCAUGCAACCCUGGCUGCCUUUGCUGCUGUCUACAUCUCAAUGUACUUCAACACAGUGUUGACAGACUCGGCUAAGCUGCUGAAGCCUCUCUUGGUGUUUUCCUUCAUCAUGCUUGCCAUCUUGGCUGGCUUGACAAGGAUCAUCCAGUUCAGAAACCAUCCUGUUGACGUCUACUGUGGCUGGCUGCUGGGAGGAGCCAUCGCUGUCUAUCUGGGUGUGUAUGCGGUAGGGAAUUUCCAGCCCAGUCAAGAUCGGUCCAGGAGCCGAGCAUCUCCACCCACCCUGAGAGAGCCCCCCCUCUCCUCCCUCCCCAACGUCAGCCAGUCAGCAGCCAGCAACAGUCACCAAGGCCACCACACCCUGGCUCCCAGCCAGCCUGAGCCUAUCCUCACGCGAACGUCCUCCUACACCUUGUCCCCUAACCAAUCAGAGCCAAUCCUGACACGAAGCUCCUCCUACCGAGAGCCCUCCCUGUCCAAUCUGAAGAGAGCCAGUGCUGAGGUGGAGGUGAUCAGCCCAUCCAGUCCCCUGGGUAACCAUGACAACAUGAUGACCUUCAGCAGUAGCACAUUGCCAAGGUCCCACGGAGGCUCGUCACUGGAGGAGGGUCGUAUUCCUCGCCGCCACGCCUCCAUCCAUGCAUCGAUGGACUCACAACGAUCCAAACAGCUCCUCAGCCAAUGGAAGAACAAGAAUGACAAUAGGAAGCUCUCACUCCAGGUGAUGGACGGAGUAAGGCCAGCCUCUGCCUCAUCUCCUCAGGGAAACAUUGAGCUGCGCUGCUCCUCUGAACCUUCCACCAUGGGCCUGGAGGCAGAGCUCCGUGCUGGGACCCAUCUACCUUCAGCCACUGGCAUGGAAACUGAACUCCGCGUCGGGACUCAUAUCCCCGCUCAGUACAUGAAACUAGCAGCUAGUUCUGUCCCUCUGGUCAAUCAUAAUCACUUAGCCCACAAUGGCAGUACUGGAUUGGCUGGUGGAGCCAGAGUGUCUAUCCAGUCACGGCCUGGUUCCUCCCAGCUAGUUCACAUUCCUGAGGAGGAUAACCCCACCCCCAGGGACCAGGAAAGUGAAUCAGAGGACAGUAUUAUGGAUGGGGGAGGGUCAGUCAGAGAAAAGUGGCUAAGAGUGGCUGAGAAGACCACCACGCCCUGUAGACCACUAAGUGCAGGGGGACAGCCUCGACUCAUGCAGGUGAUAGCCUUAUCCAAGCAGCAAGGUCUGCUGCAUUCUCCUCGGUCAGAAGAUGGCGGCAGUACUGUCAGCUGCACCGGAUCCAUCCGGUACCGAGCACUAACGGACCAGGACCCUUCACCUCCUGCCUCCACCACUGGAGCAAUGGGAGGAGGUUUGGAGAGAACUGGCAGUAUUGUACGUGUUGAAGCUCACCCAGAGUCCCGGUCAGGCAAACCAGUGGUGAAACCUCCCAGCAACGAUGGAAGUGGCUCGUGGCGAUGGAAACCUCCAGAGCAACGACCCUCUCUCCGCCAGUCAGGUUACGCACUCAACGACCUGAACAGACAUACAGACAGCUGCGAUUCCCUGAGGGAUGGGGGGUCGCUGGACGGAAGAAGAAGUGUGACAGGGACGGAAACUGAAAGUGAUGGAGGAGGAGAAGGAGGAGGAGGAGCUGGAGGUGUAUAUUCUAACCACCCACAUGUUGUACACCCUUUACAUCCUUUACACCCCAAUAAUCCCAACAAUCCCCAGCACUCAAGUUUUAACCCCAGUACCCCCACUAAUCCCACUUUCAACAACCCUCACCCAAACUUUAACCCCAACAACCCUAACUUGCCCUUCACCCCCACUACAACCUUUGCUCCUCCCUUCCACCCACACCCCCAAGCAAUCACCACCAUCAGGGUCACCCCAGUAGAAGGGGCCGUUAGCAGCGACGGCGGCUCUGACUCCCAGUCAGCGGCUUCGUCCAGCCGGGAGUCUACCCUGAGGAGGAAGUGUGGAGACAACAUUGUCCACAUUUCUGAUCGAGGGCCCAGCCCCGAUAUCCACAGCAACCACCAUCUCUAUGACAACGGUAACCGCCUUGACAAUGACAGCAGCCGUUUCCAAGACAACCCCAGCAGCCGUUUCCAAGACAACCCCAGCAACCGUUUCCAAGAAAACCCCAGCAACCGUUUCCAAGACAACCCUAAUCACCCCAACAGGCAGUUUCAGGGGAUUUUUGGCCGGCCAAGCCCAACCCCUCCCCCUACCUUGCCACGCCCCAUUCUAACUCACACUCCACCUCCCACUUUGGGGUUGGCCUAUAAAGAAUGA